UUUUUGGACAUACUGGUUGGGGCAAGGCUUACACUGCGGGCUUUUAGGCAAGACGGGUUUUACUCAGAGGAGUGAGAACACCACCAAGGGAGAGGAAUGGAGCGCUUGGCCUCCUUCAGUAAUGAUCCUUUUGAUAAGCCUCCAUGCCGAGGUUGCUCUUCGUACCUCACAGAGCCCUACGUUAAGUGUGCUGAGUGUGGGCCUCCUCCCUUCCUCCUGUGUUUGCAGUGUUUCACACGAGGAUUUGAAUACAAGAAACAUCAAAGUGAUCAUACUUAUGAGAUAAUGACUUCCGAUUUCCCUGUCUUGGAUCCUAACUGGACAGCUCAAGAGGAAAUGGCUCUCCUAGAAGCUGUGAUGGACUGUGGAUUUGGAAACUGGCAGGACGUAGCCAACCAGAUGUGUACAAAAUCCAAGGAGGAGUGUGAGAAACAUUAUAUGAAACACUUUAUCAACAAUCCCUUGUUUGCAUCUACGUUACUGAACCUGAAGCAGGCGGAGGAGGCACAGCACAACGAAACAGCCAUUCCUUUCCACCCUGCUGAUGAUCCCCCACGGCCUACUUUUGAUUCCUUGCUCUCCAGGGAUAUGGCUGGGUACAUGCCGGCGAGGGCUGACUUUGUUGAGGAGUUUGACAACUAUGCUGAAUGGGAUUUGAGAGAUAUUGAUUUUGUAGAAGAUGAUUCAGACAUUUUGCAUGCUCUGAAGAUUGCAGUUGUAGAUAUCUAUCACUCCAGGUUAAAGGAAAGACAGAGAAGAAAAAAAAUUAUAAGAGAUCAUGGCCUAAUCAACCUCAGAAAAUUUCAGAUUUUGGAAAGGCGAUAUCCAAAGGAGGUUCAAGACCUUUAUGAAACAAUGCGACGAUUUGCACGAAUUCUUGGACCGGUAGAGCAUGAUAAGUUCAUUGAAAGCCAUGCAUUGGAAUUUGAGCUGCGCAGGGAAAUAAAGCGACUACGUGCAGGAAUCACCAAUUUCUGUAGUGCCAGAACAUACGAUCACCUGAAGAAGACAAGAGAUGAGGAACGCCUAAAGCGCACUAUGCUCUCUGAAGUCCUGCAGUACAUCCAGGACAGCAGUGCCUGCCAGCAGUGGCUCAGUCGACAAGCCGAUAUUGAUUCCGGCCUGAGUCCCACAGUACCAGUUCCUUCAAACUCAGGUAGACGGAGUGCCCCGCCACUGAACCUCACAGGUCUCCCAGGGACAGAGAAACUUAAUGAGAAGGAGAAGGAGCUCUGUCAGAUGGUGAGGUUGGUCCCUGGAGCCUAUUUAGAAUAUAAAGCUGCUUUAGUGAACGAGUGUAACAAACAAGGAGGCCUGAGACUAGCGCAGGCUAGAGCACUCAUCAAGAUCGAUGUGAACAAAACCAGGAAAAUCUAUGACUUCCUUAUCAGAGAAGGGUACAUCACGAAAGCCUGAGGACAGACAUCAGCGCUUUGGCUGGAGCAGACAGAUGUGGAGAAGCUUUGAAGUCACUUUGACUGCACUGAAAGAUUUUAACAGUGUUGAAUGAAGGACAUUUCCUUUUGUUUAAAAUCUUUUGGGGCUUUUUUUUUUUAAAAAAAAACAAGUAGGGAGCUUUGUUAAAUUGUAUGAAUACUGACAUCUCUUUGUCUGGUUUCCUUUUGACUCUGCUGUUUAACACUGCUGUUGUCAGAAUUAGGCUGCCGCGUACCGCUGGAAAGAAUCAUAUGCCAUAUAAGCUAAUCUUAAAUGUGAAUGGGCAUUC